AUGACCGAGGCGGACCUCCUGGUGCACGUGCGCCAGCGGCUCGACGCGCUCACGUACGACGACCACUCGCAGUACCUACUGAGCUCUUUGCCCUUCGCGUCCACCUUGCAGCCUCCCGAUGCCGUGCAGACUAAUCGACGACGACCAUCACUCUUCGGUUCAUGGCUUCGAUACGCGGGACUCACAGGUUUCUACGCGCGCUUGGUGCUGCUUUUGGGCACAGGCUGGCUCUUAGCCAUGGUGGGCAUCUUCACCUUCCUGUACGCACUUCCAGCGGCGCAAGAAGACAUUGUACUAACCAGUACCGCACAAGUAAUAUUACUAUUGGGAGUGUACUUCUUAGGCGGAGCUCUAGGCUCCGUAACCUUCGGAGUCUGCGCGGAUCAUUUCGGACGGAGACCAGUACUCCUAAGCGCGUUGACAUUUUGGCUCAUAGCCAACGCCUUGACGUCGGGAGCGUGGAAUUAUGGGUCUUUUGUGGCGUUGAGACUGUUGGCCGGUGUGGGAAUUGGCGGCCAAUUGGCAAUUCUGGCAACAUUGGCACUGGAGUACACGCCCACACGGACGCGAGGACGGAUUACGGUAUUAUCCGUGUCAAUGGCUGGGUUGGGGGUAUUUGCUGGAGUCGGAUAUGGGCAACUGGCCAGUACUGAACAGGGUAUUGGCUGGAGAAUCACGUACGGCGUGCUGAGUGGCAUCGCACUAUUAUUUCUCGCAGUUUUGUACCUGGCACUGGAGGAGUCACCCAAAUAUUUAGCCAGUGUGGGGCGAUCCGAAGAAGCUUUGUGCAUUGUGGAGAAGAUUGAGAAUGCACACGGAAUCUCACGACAAGCAAGAGUGACGGUCCCUACGAGUCUUUAUGAACCUCCGUCACAAAGACCACAUAUAAGUUAUGAGAGAUCGACGUGCAAGUACACGGGACCUGGCGCUGCCAAGGCACGCAGUCAGAGUCAGCGUGUGUCUGGAAGGAGGUUACAGAGUCAACAGGUCGAGGUGUGUACUCCCAGCUCUGGAGACCCGGGAACACCGUCGUAUACGCUGGCUCGUCAUGCAGAUAUCUCGUUUAUAAGAGCACUAUCCCGUCGUGUAGUGGUGCUCUUUUCGCGAUCUAUGGCUCGACGGACGACGCUCAUCUGGUUCUUCUGGUUCGCCGAACUCACGUGUUUUAGCGCGGCAAUUGUGACGACUUUGAUGAUGGCGGGGACGUUUAUAAAAGUGAACGGGAUCGGGACUGGAUUCGGAGUGAGAGACCAACUUUUCUGGUCGGUAAUGACCUUCCCGGGCCUCGUUUUCACCGCUACAAUCAUUGAGACUGCAGGACGACGCGUGACGUUAGCGGUGUUUGUUUUGUUUGGUGGGAUUGUCAUGUUGACGUCAGCGUGGCUUCUAGAGGAACAUGGCGAGUGGUUCGGCUUGUCUUUAGCACUUGGAGCGAUGGUGUUGGCUACGGGAGGGACGCUCGGGGCGUUGAUUCCCUAUACGGGGGAACAAUUCCCUCUUUUAACGCGAGCGUUAGGUAUCUCGUGUGCUUCAGCGUGGGGUCAUCUGGGUAUGUUCGCGGGAGUUUACCUCGUACUUAGACGAGUAAUGGGCGAUGAAGCUUGGACUUGGCACGACGAACGGUUGAUGUUGGCUGGAUGUGGAGCUGUAACGAUUGUAUUCCUUCCUAUCAUAUUUUUCAUGGGACCAGAGACGCGUGGACGAGACAUCGAUGCCUCGUGGUUCGAAGACAACACGGGGCUUCACACACGUGCAGAACGGUGCGAUACGCUGCCUAUCGAUGCUCUGGACCACCUGGAAAUGAUCCACGAGUAUCAUCAACAUCGCUUAAGUGUCGAUCGACCGGAAGACCAGUCGAUGCGUCGAUCUGUGCUGGAAAUGCUGGAGCCGGUGCUCUUGGACUGGCGUCGGUCUCUUUUAAGCUCUUUUUCCAGCUCAGCACGAGGUCCUAGCAGCAGUAGUAAGGCCAGUAAACAGGAGGACACUAAGACCGACAUCCGUUCGAGCGAGACGGGACGCUACACCAUCGACCUCGACAUGUUCGACACGUUCACGUACAUUUCCACGCCAGUACUGGGCGGCGACAACUCGGACCACGAACACCGCGAACCCAGCAAUUUAUCAUCGGCCAGUAGUGGCGAGAGGAAGCAAAAAAGUUGA